CAUUCGCGACGAAAAAGUUUGCUUGGUUUGGUUGUGUGGACUGUGGAUGCUUUACUACUUUUUCUGAAGUUUGUUUUAUCAAACUCUAUGUUGUCGUGUCGUGCUUGUUCUCAUUGUUCGUUCCGUUAAAUAAAUCAAAAGUGUUUUACAGACCUUUAAGCCGUGAAAAUAUAUUGUGUACACGAGCGAAAACUUGUUUUUUACCAUGUUGUGACUAAUAAUGACUUUGAUAUGUGAUAUGAUAGUGCCUUUUAAGUUUUUGAGUAACAUCAAACGUAGUGGUAGUUUGUUACUAUAUAACUUUUCAGAUUUUAAUAUGUGUACACACGUUGUUUCUGUGUUUGUAAGGAUUACGUGAUCAUUCUUUAUCAGGUUGACUUAAUGCUGUGACACGCGGCGCGAUGGACGCGGCGGACAAGCGGAUGCUGGAGCGCGAGGCGCUCCGGAAUAUGAUCCAACAAUGGAACGCCAAUCGCCUCGAUUUGUUCGAGCUCAGCGAACCUAAUGAGAAUCUGGAGUUUCAUGGCGUGAUGCGAUUUUAUUUUCAAGACUCUGGACAAAAGAUAGCAACGAAGUGUAUUCGAGUUGCGUCAGACGCUACGGUCAGCGAUGUCAUAGAGACCCUUAUCGAGAAGUUCCGUCCAGACAUGAGAAUGUUGUCACUGGGGUCCUACUCAUUGUGGGAGACCCACGGUCCGGACGAUGAGCGGCGGCUGGAGCCACAUGAGAAACCUCUACUAGUACAGCUCAACUGGCAUGCGGAUGAUCGCGAAGGACGUUUUCUGCUUAAAUGUCUCAGUAACAAAGAGCAGACAGCAUUGGCGGCGGUUAAUGAAAAAGCAGAUCAAAACUUCAAACGGAAAUUGUCUAAACGCGAGAAAAAGGAAUUAAGAAAGAAAGAGAAAUUGUCAAGAUUGAAAUCCGAUACUAAUAAUGAAAAUCGACCUGUUGCCGAGAAACUUUACACAGAGCUACCUGAAACAUCAUUCACUCGCAGCAUCAGUAACCCUGAAGCUGUAAUGCGCCGGCGUCGGCAGCAGAAGUUAGAGCGAAAACUACAACAAUUCCGUUCAAAAGACGGCGGACCAGAUACUGGCGGCACGUUGAAAAUCUACGGUUCUUCCCUAUGUCCUGAUGUGCCUUACAAGACACUCUUGUUAUCUGUGGGUGAAACUGCCGCCACGGUAGUGCGAGAGAUGCUUGAUAAAUAUGGACUCUCCCGACAGGAUCCCCAGCAGUUUUGCAUCGUUCAAGUUGACGCGGCCGACAAUUCUGAGUACAUACUGGAGGACGACGAGUGCCCACUUGCAAUUGUAAUGACCCAUCCACACCGCAGCUCCAUCAUGUUCCACGUGCGGCGGCGGCCGGCGGACGCGCAACCGAGGCGGCGAAAGAAAAAGGCGAGCGGCUCCAUAGGUAGCGGCGGGCGGCCCGGCAAUGACCCCGUACUGCUGGAAGUGGCCACCGACGGCACCACCCUCGAAAACGGCCGCCGCAUACGCAUCACAGAUGUCGUUGAGGUGGGAUCCGGCAACGGGACGACACUCCAACUAUACGGGCCGUCCAUCCAGCCCCGACACUGCGUGGUCACCACAGGGGAGGGCGGAGGUUACACUGUGACCCCACUGCACGCGGAUGCGCACGUGUACGUUAAUGGCCGACGAAUAAUGCAUACGCAGCGGUUACAGCACGGUUGCCUGCUAAAAUUCGGUCGGGUGUCUACUUUCCGAUUCGUGGAUCCCACCCAAGAAAAUUUCCUCAACAGAAAUCUCUCGCAAUCGCAGCAUUUCGGUUCCGGCUCAAUAUACGACAGAUCGCCGACGUCUCCGGAGAGCGGCGCGAUGUCGCCCACGUCGAUGACGUCACACCAGCCCGAUCUGAUCGACUCUAACGCCAACACCACCGACAAUGACUUCCCGAGGACUAUGAGCCCAGUGUCGCAUGACACUUACUACCGUGAAGGGAACGAAGCCAUGUCGCCGUAUAAUAACAACACGCUGAAACUAGACAACGAAUCGCUUAGAAUGUCACAGCAUCUGAACGAAACGAAAGACGGCUACAUAAGGGAUGAACACUCCGCGUCUAUGUACAACGAUCCGGAACAAAAUCCGGCGAAUCGUACCGCCAACUCUCAAUACAAAGACAAUUACGAGACAACAUUCGAUUUGGACGGAAAUGUAGAGACAAAAAGCAUCUGCAGCGCUAAAAGCGGCGGCUCGGGACACGAUAACAGGAUGAGCGGCAGCGUGAGUAGCGUAGCCCGGCCCGGCCAAGAGCCGAUACUGCCAGCGGUGCUCGAGUUCCCGGAGGCGGGACAGGCGCAAUUCCUGGCUGCUGUCAUCACACGUCUCGACCCACAUGCACCAGCCUUCAAACUCGCGCCAGUUUACACGCUCUAUCUAUGUGCAAGAUAUCGCGCAUCAACGCACUACCGGCCCGAACUGACGCCCACGGAGCGUGCCCAUAAGCUGACCGCUUUCCUGCACCACGUCGCUAUGCUCAUUCACACGACUGUCCAGGAGCGGUCUACUGAUUCCGCUGCUCAAGCAUUCUGGAUGGCUAAUGCCAGUGAACUGUUGCACUUCUUGAAGUGUGAUCGACAUAUCUCGUCUUUUUCCACGCAGGCUCAAGAAAUUUUACCAUCUACUGUACAGAACGCUUUUAGCAACCUAGUGACGUGCUUCCAAGAGGAGCUGUCCCGCGCGCUGGCGACGCUGACGACGCUGACGACGCUGCCGCCGGACGCGAGCGACGCCACCGACGCCACCGACGCCACCGCGCCCACGCUGCAGGCGCUCGCCACCGCCAUGGUGCUCCUGCGCAGGUGCCGCGUCAACGCCGCCCUCACUAUACAGCUCUUCUCGCAUCUCUUUCAUUACAUCAACGCUGUCUGCUUUAAUAAGCUGGUGAGCGAGCCGGGUGCGGCUACGCCACGGUGGGGCUGCGCGCUGUCGGCGCGGCUGGCGCUGCUGGCGGCGUGGGCCGAGCGGCAGGGACUCGAGCUGGCCGCCGACUGUCACCUCGCGCGCACGCACCAAGCCGCACGCUUGAUCCAAGGCACGUACCGCACGCCGGACGAGGUGCGCGCGGCGCUGGCGGCGUGCUUCAAGCUGAACUCGGUGCAAGUGCGUGCGCUGCUGGCGCCGCUCGUGGCCCCCGACGUGCUCGAGGCCGCCAUUGAACACGCGCGCGCACUCGCCGACGAACUCGCGCGUGCUGACGGACGAGACAUCGUGGCGGAGGAGAGCCGGUGGCUGGGCGCGGCGCUGCUGGUGCCGGGCGACGGGUUCAGCGCGGAGGUGGUGCGCGGCGUGCCGCCCGGCCUGUCGGAGUUCGUGGCGCCGCUGCAGCGCGGCGGGCUGUGCCGGCUCGCGCUGCAGCCGCACGCGCUCGGCGUCUGGACCGUCUACAUGCUGGGCCGGCAGCCGCCGCGCCGCCCGCCCGACGCGCGCCCCCACCUCCUGCAGCUGCACAAGAACGCCAACGGCAUGGGGCUCAGCAUCGUCGCCGCCAAGGGCGCCGGGCAGAGCAAGCUGGGCAUCUACAUAAAGUCGGUGGUGCCGGGCGGGGCCGCCGCCGCGGACGGCCGCCUGGCCGCCGGCGACCAGCUGCUCUCCGUCGACGGACAGUCGCUCGUCGGCAUCACGCAGGAGAAGGCUGCCGAAUACUUAGUACGGACUGGCCCCACUGUAACACUCGAAAUCGCGAAACAAGGAGCGGUACUCCAUGGCUUAGCCACGCUUCUACACCAGCCUGCUUACAAUCAGAAACAAGGUGUAGGCGGCGUGGGCGGCGUGGGCGGCGUGGGCGGCAUGCGGCGCGCAUCAGAACGAGACUUGCCGGCGCGGCUGGCGGCGGAAGCCGUAAAACCCAGCAAGAGCACGCCCGCGCUUCACCACCAACCCGCCAGUGCGACGUUGAGCCCGGCGGCGUCAGUGAGCGGCGCGAGCGGCGCGUCGUGGGCGAGCAGGUCCCGCAGCAGCCACAACCUGGCCGCGCCCGCACCCGCGCCCGCACCCGCCGCGCCUCACGACGCCUUCUACCAGAACCUCGCCGCCGUGCACCCGCACCUCAACGACAGAUGGUCGUCGCUGCGUAGCUCGACGGGCAGCAAUCGACCGCAGUCCGCACAUUACUCGGGCGCCGAUCAAUCGCCUAAUUCUCCGAUACACCAGAACAACCAGCCGAUGACUGCACGUUCCGCGAAAUUAGCGGAAAUGUCAGAGGAAGUUACAAGACGGCAGCAACAGCAACAACAGUUACAACAGCAGCAGAUUCAACAUGAGCAACAACAGCAGCUACAACAUCAACAGCAACAGCAGCUACAACAUCAACAACAGUUACAACAUCAACAGCAACAGCAGCUACAACAUCAACAGCAGUUGCAACAUCAACAACAAUUACAACAUCAGCAGCAAAUUCAACAUCAGCAGCAACUACAGCAACAACAACAGCAGCUACAGCAACAACAGCAGCUACAACAACAGCAGCAGCAGCUACAACAACAACAACUACAACAACAAAUGCAGUUUUCGACUAUGCCACAAAAACCACCACAGAGCCUGGCUCAUCAGCAUCCCACACUCCAUAAUCAUCAGCAGAUGUCGAACCAGACCCCAAUGCACGUGCAUACUUCGCAGCCGGUGCACCAUGCGGGCCAACACUCUCCGCAACAAAACCAUCACAAUCAGCAAAACUCAGCGCAGAGGUAUGAAUGGCAUCCUCCUGGACCACCGUCGCCACAAAGAUCUCAGCCACCUGUUGCCCCGAAGCCACAGGGUAUGAGGCGAGAUAUGGAGAUGGAGGACCAACAUCUACACACGCAGUCGCCACAGAUAAACACUUCAGUGCAGCCUGACGACGAGCGGUACGUGGCGAGUGCGCUGGAGCCGCCGGCGGUGUCGGUGUACCCGGCGGGUGGUGCGGGUGGUGCGGGUGGUGCGGGUGGUGCGGGUGGUGCGGGUGGUGCGGGGGGCGCGGCGGGCGGGGCGCGGCCGGCCGCACACAAUCCGUGGCAGCGCGAGGAGCGCGAGCGGCAGGCCGAGGCACGCCGCGCCGCCAACCGCGCGCGCAGGGAUGCGACAAUCGCUAGCCUGGUGUCUAUAGGCACGGCGCGGUCGCCCGUACAGAACCAGCAGCUGCGCGCGCUGCAGCUCGAGAGGGACUUCGAACGCCGCGCUACCAUGCACCACCAGCAGGAGGAGGGUGGCAACGCAGAAGGUGGAUUGGAAGACGAAUCGCACGAGUCGUCGGAGGAGGAGCCCGCCGUCGAGUACGAGCCGCGUCCCCCCGCGCACCCGCCCAAGUCCAUACUCAAAACCAACACGCGCCCGGACAUCUCCAACGGAUAUGCACACGAUACGACGAUACCCGACGAACGGUUGUCGGAGGUGGCGAGCGGCGUGUCGGCGAUGUCGGUGUCGGCGUGUGCGCCGCCGCCGCCGCCGCCGUCGCGCGGGUCGUCGUUCGCCGUCAUGGCGGGCCGCUCGCUCGCCGACACGCCGCACUCCGCUCACGCGCCACACCCGCCGCCGGCGCAACACGCACCGCCUCAAUCGCCCGGGUCUCAGCGUGACAAGCGUGUGUCGUUCCACGAGCGGGCGGCCGCCGCCGCGCCCCCCGCGCCCCCCGCGCCGCCCGCCCCUCCCGCGCCGCCCGCCUCCUCCCCGCCGCCGCUGCACGAAACGCCGCUACGAGAGGACCCCGAUCGUUUUAUUGAGGAGGCGGAGAGUUUACUGCAGCUUCCGUCGCCGACUUCACCACAGACUGCGCCGCAUGCGCACACGCCGGGCGUUAUUGGCGCCCAGGAAGUCUACAGAGAUCCACGUGCACGUCGAUUGGCCGAGCAGCAAGCACGCGCGACUACCACGCCCAUUCCAGAACAACUGUCUUUCAAGGAAAAGAUGAAAAUGUUCGCACUUGAGUCGGGUGAAAGCUCCACGCCUAAAGAUAAGGUGAAAAUAUCGCGCGCGCAGCGGGACAUUGAUGCAGUACAUUAACGACGUCUGCUGAUUAUAUACUAAAACAAAUUAUAUAGCUAUGUUAUUCACUUGAAUUUAAAUAGAAUAUGUUCUAUAAGUUCAGUAUUAUAUGAUAUAAAUUCUUAUGAAUUAUACUGAAAAUAAGCGAUAGUUUAUUGAUAUGGUCCAUAAUAGAAUAUCCAUAUUUUGAAACUUGCGGGUAGUAGAGGGGAACCGCACGAUCUUUUCUACUAUAUAUGUACACUAGCGUGGUCCAUGGAUAUAUGCCUUCACUGAAACAUAGCACCAAUUUUACAUGUCAAUCUAGAUGAUAAGUUAUUCGAUCAAAUGAAUAUAAUAUAUUUUUAUGGUAAUGGAUUUUAAUCGACGUUUACGUGUCGCCUUAGCAGCUAGUGCAAUGACGUUAUUGUAACAAGAUUGAUGCUAAUGUAUACAAUUAUUUGGUUAUAUUCCAAAAUGAAAUAUAUUUUAAUUAUAUUGUGUACGGACAUAUUGACGGCACGUUGGAAACUGUGAGUAAUUUAAUUUGUCUAAAUUACGUGCCAUUAUAUAAUAAUAUGUGUAAACAGUAUCGGUUUUAUACUUAUGAUAGAAUUUUAUUGUUAGAGAGGACCAAUAUAACGAUUCCCAAGUCGGCGGGUGCCUUUUUGAGUAUCUUAUUUAAUAUUUUUACAUAUCCUAUGUGAUUCCUAUACUGUGCUGUCCAACGAUAUUAUUCACUUCUACUUACAUCUAUAAGCUUCGUUACAUUCCAAAGAGUAUUUCUUAAUUCGAAUUGCUAUAUAUGAAUCAUUCCUAUAAAUCUUCUGGAAAACAUUAGUCAUAAAUGUUAUGUGUAUAACACAGUGUUUAUGACAUUAUAAUACUCUAGUAACAUUUCAUGCUGUAUUUGACUUUCAACAUAAAGCAAUAAAUCAUUGUGAAGCCUUUGUUGUAUAUAUAAUAAUUUAAUAUUAAUGUAAGCACAUCUUUGUGCCAAAAUGUAUCCCUUGUGGCAAAGUGAGCAUCCACGGAUUAUUCCUACUUAAGGGCAGCUCUACAACUAUAUGGUCACAACACCAGGUAGCUAGGCCUUGACUACCAAAUAUGUGAACUGUGGUCUUUCACUGGAGUUAUUUCUUGGUGGUCGAGUUCAUGCUAACUGGUCGCUAAGUAAUUUUAAUGAAUAUCUCAAGGCACCAAUUUAUAUUAUUGUAUAUAAUGUAGGUAGUAAAAUCCCUAUAACAAUCGCAAGGUUUUAUAUACCUGUUUGUAUAUGUAAAUGUUUAUUUAAAUAUUAUAUCCAGAGUUUAAACGCGGAGAAGAGACCUCGUGGCCUAUUGGAUAAUUAGUUUAGUUCCUGGGGGAUAUUUUAACAUUUUCCCAGUAUUCACCCAACGAUAGUCAAUUAGCAAGAGAUUGAGAUUUAUUUGUAGAAUGGAAUAUUUUUAUGGUUUUACAAUGUAUGUAAAUACACUUGAACAAUUAGGUAUAUAGCUUCAAUUUAUUAUACAAUUGUAAUUCGAAUAGUUUAUACAAACUACUUGCUAUCUGUAUUGCUAUAAACAGUAAUAAUUGUAUUUCAACUCUUAAAAUAAAUAAAAUAACAAGAAAGUGUUAUUAUUU